ACCACCCCCCCCCCUCCGCCUUAUCCAAUCCUUUCCUUCCCCUUCCCUCGAACCCUCCUCCCCCUUUCCACUCCCUUCCGCCACCACCCCACCCCCCUGCCUCCAAGUUCUGCGCUGGAAGCCAACCAUGUCCGGCUCCCACCAGCCCAUCAUGGGGAGCUCCUCACGACUGAGUGUCUCUGACACGAUGACCCAGCUGAAGGAGCUGAUUGUGGCCGGUCGCAGCAAGGCCAAGGAGAAGCAGCCCUCCUUCGAUCCGUUUGUGUAUCACGACGACCUGCCCACCCUGGACGAUCGCGUAAAUGUCCUCUUCGCCUAUGCUGAUCGCCCGCGCAUCAUGAAGAUCGUGGAGCUGUCCAACGCCGGCUUUGGCGAGUCCUGGGGCACCCUCUCGGAUCGAGACAAGGUGAAGACCAUCAAGACGCAUUUGACACGGCUGGCCCUGUCGUCGUCGGACUUCGGCGAGUCGCAGUCGGUGCGCAAGCUGUCCGACUCGCUGCUCGAGCCGACGGUCAUCAACUCCACGUACUUCUUCCUCGCCGCGGCUGCCGGCCUGCUUCCCUCGCCAACCAGUGUCGAGGCACACCGGCAGGCGAUCCGCAGCAACUGCCAUCUGAUCACCAUCUCCACCGUGUCCGUCAGUAAUCCCGACGGGCAGAUGCUGCCGGCGCGUGGGUUUGUCGUGCUGGCCUCGCGCCUGGAGAGCCACCUGCGAGUACUCAACCGCUUCGCGACCGCGGCUCCCGGCCCCCCGGAGGCGGACAUCCCGGAGGCAGACCUCGAUCGGCAUUGGGAGCAGGUGGCCGAUUUGUGCACCAUCUUGAGUGCCCUCCUCGCCGGUGCCGACCGCUCGUGCAUGGAGGACGUCUUUUCGCCCGGCUCGCGCGCGGCCUCCGACCAGCCGGAGGUUUGGGCCACAGACCCGGGCCUGGCACGCGAAGCGCGUGCUCCCCUGCCUGGCCGGACGCGCUCUCUUUUCAUCAUCCUGGCCGAGGCGUUGAUUGUACAGUCGUCCGUGCGCAGCCGCGCGCCGGGGAGCGGCUCCUCGCCACAGUCCGCCUCUCGUCGGUACCCGGACUCCAUGCCUCUGCGGCGAGUUCUCUUCCUCCUUCGUGCCCUGCUGCAUGCCUCCUUUGGCCAGCAUGCCGGUGAGUGGAGCCAUCUGAUGGACCAUGCGCGAAUGCGUGCCGGCUUGGCCCCGCGGCGCCGGGUGGAGGCUCCUCCUGGGACUUCAACGACGAUGUGCGAGUGCCUGGCACUGCCGGCCAGCGCGGCACUGGAUCAUGCCAGUCCCGUUGUUCGACCGGCUUUGGGCGUGUAUACGAAGAACUCCCGUCGAGAGCGUGUGCGCUUUGCCCAGGUGACCGCGGCGCGCUUCUACGGCGUUGAGCCACCACCCGGACCCAAUGAUCAGGGCACCCCGGUGGCAGAUCAGCUGCUGGAGCAGCACUGCCUAUGUGUGGCCCUCGGUCGGCGUGGGUGCACUCACUGCCCGGAGCGCUGCGGGGGCGGCGUCUUUCGGGACCCUCUGUAUGCCACGCUGCCGCGCUCGGUGCAGGUGAGCCUGGCCACCCUGGCCCGGAACCAGUAUACCUCGCUGCAUUCCUUGACCAUCGAGAACUUCCUGCGCAAUUUGCGCAACGCCAGCAGCGAGAAUGCCCCUCUUCCCGAGCCCUCGGACCAAUACUCCGGACAUCUGCCCUUCGCGGCGCCUUGGUGGGAGGGCCUUGUUCCGCCGCGGCCGACAGGUGCUGCGGCCGGUCCGUCCGGGCGCUCACUCAUGGCCGAGCGCCUGGACGCCCUGCAUACCUUCUUCUCCCAGCUCAUUCCCUUUGCCCCGGGUCUCAUCGUGCUGCUGGAAACCCUGCUCCUGGCCUCGCUUCCCAGUACCACGAGCUAUGUCAAUGAUUCCAACAUCAUGGGCGAGCUGCGCUAUGCUCGGCGGCAUAGCAUCUUCACUGGGGAGCGUGGCGAUGCCGGCACCGGGGGCGGGUCCUCCGGCGGAUCUGGUUUUGGUGGAUCUGGAUCCAGCUCCAACAGUGGCUCUUUCCAGGGGUCGCUGCCUGACAUGGUGGAUGAGCUGCGCCAGCGCGAGCUUGUGGCCUAUGCGACGACCGGCUUGCUGCUGACCCUGCUCAAGCUGGCCAAGAUUUCCCAUGGUCUGCUCUUUGAGUACUUCACCCACAUGCUGGUCAAGAACAAUGGCAUUCUCCUGGUGAUUAAGUUCCUUCGCCAAAACAUGGGCACCUACAUCACCUCUAAGGGGGACAUCCCGGAGCUCAACUUCUUGAACAUUUCCACAAAUUGGGAAGGCACAUACUCCAAAUCCUGCUGGGCCGAAGAUGGGUCUGGCUCUGGGUCGGUUGUGCCGAGCUCCUCCUCCCCUCUGACGGUGGGCGGCGCCAGUCGCGGCAACAGCAUCAACCUGACCGGGAUUCCGGCCAACCUGGCCUCCGGGGUAGCCAAUCGCAGCCGGGGCAAUAGUCUCAGCCUGACCGGUGGUCUGCCACUGAAUCUGAUGUCGGCGGCGGCGGCGGCUGCCGCUGCGCCGGCCCCGGCCGCGGCCUCUGCAAUGCGCAACCAAUAUGUCAGCUUCCGCAAUGCCUCGACGGUGCUGGUGCUGCUGCGCCUCCUGCAAAAGAUGACCAAGAACCAGCCGGCGCGCAUUGCCCUCCUGUACCAAACCAAGGUGGAUGACGUUUUGCGCCGGCUGCUUAAGCUGCCGGUUAUUCUCUCCUUCAGUCCGUACACCCGGCGGCGUGGCCCGCGUCCCGGAAUGGAAGCAGCGGAGGGUGGCUCGGCGCCGGAUUCCCCGGCCGAUGCGACUUCGGCUGUGGCCGCCCCCACGACGGCAGAAUCCAGCGCGGGUGAUGCCCCUGCUGCGAGCACCACGACGGCCAGCCCCUUCGAGCGCUAUGCUUUGAAGAUUAUUCUGUCCAUGCUUCCGCUGCUUGGUCGGACAUGGGUGCACCAGCAUAUGCGCAUCCUGUCCGGCGUCUUCUACAAUGUCCCCAUGCGUCUGGGCGUUGAGCGGGUGCUGUUCUGUGCUCCGGCCGGUGGAAUCGGCGUGCCGGGACUGAAUGACAGCCAGCGCCGCCAGCUGGACACCCUGGAGCUGGCGCACACCCUGCAAACGUAUCUCUACGAUUCGGAUCCGGAUGGCGAGAGGGUGUACGACGAGAUGCUGGACCUGCCGGACUGGGAGGACGGGACCCCGAGCGCCGAUCCGGUGGAUGAUCCCGACAAUCUCAAGUCCCUGGCGGCCCUGUAUGCAGCGGCCCUCGAGCGGGACUAUCUCAUCGGGGUGGAGAAUGCCGGCAUGGGUCACACCCUGACGGCGCAUCUUCCGUCGGCGGAUGCGGCUGCCGCCGCCAUUCCUGGCGGCCCGGCUGGCCAGGCGGACAUGCUGAGCCUGGACGAAUUCAUGGGCUCCGGCAUUGGGACCGGCGAGGAGAGCGUGAACCUGACCGCAUCCACAGACUCCUCAUUCCAGCUGGACCGCAUGUUGGCCGACAUGCCGGACCUGGAUGAGGCUGACAUGAUGGCCUCAAUGGCCGCAGGUGGCGGGGACUUGGAACUUUGGCUUGAGCGUGAGGUCUUCGCUGGUGCCUAUUCGGCCGAGUGGGCACAGUUCCUGCACGGGCAGCCGGCCGACGGGGCUGGCGGUGGCCUGGCAGCAAUGGCCCUGCGUCCGGGGAUAGAUCUUUCGGAGCUUCCGCCAGACCCGCAGCAGGCCGCCUGGAACCGGGUGGUUUGAGCCCGGCAGGCAUCUCCCUCUUUUCCUCUCUGUGGUCGCCCUCCCUGCGGUUGCCUUUUUCCCCACCCGCGAGAGAAAAGAAGGGACGCCCCCGAUGGAGACAAUGUAAACCAAUAUACGUGACCCCCCUUCCUCC